AUGGUUGCAACGGUUCCCGAGGAGGGGCAGAUGCUCUUGGCCCGAGACGCCACGUUCGAGAAGAUCCUCCACAAGGACACAACGAAGACUGUUGGCAUGUCGGCGAUGCUGAAAAAGGAUCACGAGGCACAAAAGGCGGCCACAGACGAGUACUUCAGGCAUUGGGACAACAAGAGCGCACAGAAGGAGACGAAGGAAGACCGAGAGGCUCGGACAGCAGACUAUGCUUCCCUCACCAGGCAAUACUACAACCUCGCGACCGACUUUUACGAAUAUGGCUUCGGCCAAAGUUUCCACUUCUGUCGUUCAGCGGCCGGCGAGUGUUUCAAGCAGGGCAUCGCGAGACACGAACACUACCUGGCCCAUGUGAUCGAUAUCAAGAAGGAUAUGAAGGUGUUGGACGUUGGGUGCGGUGUUGGCGGGCCUGCUCGCGAGAUCGCCAGCUUCACUGGUGCCUAUGUCACUGGUAUCACCAUCAACGAGUACCAGGUGGAGCGGGCGACACGAUAUGCCGUCAAGGCGAAGAUGGACAAGCAGGUCCAGUUUGUACAGGCCGACUUCAUGAACAUACCCUUUGAGGACGACACCUUCGACGCCAUCUACGCCAUAGAGGCCACCGUCCACGCCCCAUCCCUUGAAGCCGUUUACUCCGAGAUCUUCCGCGUCCUCAAGCCCGGCGGCGUCUUCGGCGUCUACGAAUGGGUCAUGACGGACAAGUACGACGACGGCGACCUCCACAUGCGCAAGAUCCGCAUCGACAUCGAGCAGGGCGACGGGAUAGCCAACAUGGUCAAGGCCGCGGAGGCGCUGCGCGCGUUCGGCGCCGCCGGCUUCGACAUGAUCCGGCACGAGGACAUGGCCGAGCGUCCGGACCCGAGCCCCUGGUACUGGCCUCUCGACGCCGGAAGCUGGAGACACGCGCAGACGCUGGGCGAUCUGAUGUACACGUUCCGUAUGACUGGUCUCGGACGCUUAGCGACGCGCGGGUUUCUCAGUGUCAUGGAGACGCUGGGGGUCGCGCCGCCCGGCAUGACCAAGAUGUCGGAUAGCUUGUGUAUUGCCGCCGAUGCAUUGGUUCAGGGCGGUAAAGAGAAGAUCUUUACGCCAAUGUACCUUAUGGUCGGACGAAAGCCGGCAAAGAAGGAAUGA